AUGGAGCACCGUCGUCUACCUCCCCAGUUCUCUUACGUUCAGCUUCUCGGGGAGACGGGCUUUGGGGCUAGUAUUCUUGCCCAGCGCAGGGACACCGGAGUUGGGGUCGCUGUAAAGGACGUUAACACGCAAACGCUCACCGAACUUGGCCGCGUAAAGCUCGAGCAGAACAUUGAGCGCAUUCGUUCUCUUCAUCAUCCCAACGUCAAUCCCUAUUACGAGACGUACACCACAGAGACCGACCACUUUUACAUAACCUCUGACUAUCUGCCCCAGGGGAGUCUUCGUGAUGAGAUUGCCGCGCGUAAAUAUGACAAUUCACCGUUUCCGGAAGAACGUAUCUGGGCUAUUAUCUCACAGAUCCUCCAAUCCCUCGCAUAUCUUCACGCUCGCAUGAAAGCAAACGCUCCUGACGCGGGUUGCAUCAUUCAUGGGAAUUUGAAGCCAAGCAAUAUACUAUUGUGUGAUGAUGGUCCUCUGCGCGUGACUGAUUACGCCAUUCGUCCGUCUUCCUCAAAUAGGGUCUUCUCUACCACGACAAACGAUUACACCGUUUGCUAUAAGGCUCCAGAGGUGCUGAUGCACAAACCAUGUGACGAAAAGCAGGAUAUCUGGUCUCUGGGAUGCAUUCUCCUCGAGAUGUGCUCUCUCUCAUAUCCGGCGUUGAUUAAGUCGGGGGUUCCCCUCGAGGAUAAUUUUCGCGAGGAGCCUGAUUGCAUUAUUCCACAGAAGUACAGUAAUACUAUUCGUAUUUUCUUAGACCAUACUCUUGUUCUAGAUCCGUCUAAGAGAUUGUCUGCUGCUGAGCUGCUAAUGUUCCCGAUAAUAACGGAAAGCCUGCAAAAGUUAUCAUUCAAAUAUGCACCAGAGGAUGAUCUGCGGCGUAGCUCUAAUAUUUUUGUCUACAAGGAGUCUGAGCAGCGUCAGACAGAGAUGGUUGAAUCUCUCCCUAUGGUUCCUGUGGCUCCUCUUGACGAUAACUACGUAGGAACUCCCUUCCUAGGCCGAGCACCGCCUCCUCUUGUAGCUACCACCAAGGAGUAUGUACUGGCUGAAAAUAGUACUCUACUGCACGUCUCUGCCUCAAAAGGUGAUGUAGAUGGAAUUAGAACAUAUAUAAGCAUGGCAAGAGCUAAGAAUGAUGACGGGCUCACGGCUCUAAUGGUGGCAGCCCAAUUCAAUCAGCCCGAAAGCUGUCGUGAGUUGCUGAACUAUGAGUGCUAUCUUCGGGAUGACUAUGCAACUACGGCUCUUAUGAUUGCAGCUACAGAGGGACACAUAGACUGUGUUCGUGUGUUGAUGACUCGAGAAGCCGGGUUUAUGCGCCCUGACAGAGCCUGUGCAUAUAGCCUCGCCAUGGCUAAAGGGCACAUACAUGUCGCUAACUUGCUAAAGCCUAUCGAGGACGUCUGGCGUGACGAUAAGGGAAACACGGCUCUAAUUCUUGCGGCAAUGGCCGGUAACUUAAAACAAGUUACUGAUAACCUCGACAAGGUUCGAUUCACUAAUGCGCAAGGGAAAACCGCGCUGAUGUACGCAUCAGAAGGUAAUCACGUUGACAUAGUGAAAAUCCUUACUCCAGAUGAAUCUGGAAUACAUAAACUUGGGACAAAUAACUGCAUCGGUGCAACAGCCUUGAUGCUAGCAUCCAGUGCGGGUCAUACACACGUAGCAGAAAUACUUGCUCAUUACGAGGCUGGAAAGGUGAAGCACAAUGGCUGGACAGCUCUGAUGUUUGCAGCCCAGAACGGCCAUGACGAAAUUAUACCCUAUCUCAUAGAUAAGGAGGCACGUAGGCAGCUUGUGGAUGGGUGGACAGCCCUUAUGUUUUCUGCAAAAGGAAACUUUAUCAAGUGUAUGGACAGACUCAUUGAAUUUGAAGCAGGGCUCACAAUGAAUCAAGGGAUGACUGCUUUGAUUUUUGCUAUUGAAAAGGGGAACGAAGAGGCUAUUAAGAAGCUCAUUCCAUAUGAGGGCAAGAUUCUUGUCGGAAAUGGCCACAAGCCCUCUGAGUAUGCUAAGACACUCCACAUAAGGAAUUUGCUACCUCUGUAG